GUGACGUCAUCUCCUCCGUAACUCCUGAAAGGGGAUCCUCCGGGUCUUCAGUGCGCGCGCGGUAUUUUGUUUCCUGCAUUCCAGAAAUGAUGGUAAAAAUGCUACCCAGACAUUUUAUAUGGAAUGUUUAUGUGCUCUGGCUGAAUUGAAGACACCCUACGGAUAAAAACUGAAGCCAUGUAGCUAGCUCGGCUGGCAAGUAGAGUUGGUUGCCAACAAUGGAGAGAGUGUCAAAACCAUCCGUCGGGCGAGAGAAGGUAAACAUAGAUAGCUAAUUUAGCUAGCUAACGUUAGCUAUCCAACUCAACAAACCUCUCUUGGCUAGUUAUCCAGCUAACUUAGCUUGCAUUUGAAUGGACUAAAGUUUAGCUAGCUAACGUUAACUAUUGUAAGUUGCAUAUUUGCAUCAGAUCUAACUAGGUGUUUUUCCAGCACUAGCUAGCAGCACUAGUAACUCGCAAACUAACGUUAACCAUUUGACACACAGCGUCUUGGAUGUAUUCUCGCGUUUACUUACGCUAGCUAACUAACUUUGCUUGUUACUAAGAGCUAGCCAAUAAUGUAAUGGUUAAAGUGAGAGUGACCAUAGUCAGCCUUUAUGUGCAACACCAAACUAAACAUCACUAAACUAUAGAGCAGCUGAGUUGUGUACCAGAUAAUUCCACUGGAGAUGUAGAGGGGAGUGUGUGGCGUUUGUUUUGGGGGACAGUCCUAAGGAUUGUAAUCUAUCAUUAGAAUGGGUGACAGUUUGUAGUGUCUGGUUUUGUAAUAAUAUUAUCAGUGUUGGGGGCAGUAAUAUCAUGGUGUUAGAGAUUGUGUUUCCAUGACUGUGUCUGUCUGUCUGCAGGAGCUCUCUGCCGGCGUGAUGUCUAACAGUCUGUCUCUACCCUCCUACAAAGACUACCCUGCAAGUCGCCCCUUCAUCAACACCUCUCUACCCGCCUACACACCUCGCAACACACACAUUCCCUAUCAGACACUGCCCAGCAAGGCAUUCCCAGAAAGCAGCAGUGCAGGUAAUCACCAAUCACUACCUGCACUGCUGUUAGAACCACAUUGUGUGUGUGUGUGUGUGUGUGUGUGUGAGACAGUUUCCAUUGUGGUUUGUGUGGUGAGGCUGGUCUCCAUGGCAACAGCAGGUGACACUUGACACCACUCUCCCUGUGUGACACAGCCUAUUACCUGAGGCUCUGCUAAACGCUAUCCCUCUAUCCCCACUCUCACAUCUCUAUCCCUCUUUCCUCCUACCUUCACCCAUCUCUCUAUCACUCCCCAUCUCUCUAUCACUCUCUACAGUCAUGGUCAAAAGUUUUGAGAAUGACACAAGUAUUGGUCUUCACAAAGUUUGCUGCUUCAGUGAUUUUAGAUAUUUUUGUCAGAUGUUACUAUGGUAUACUGAAGUAUAAUUACAAGCAUUCCAUAAGUGUCAAAGGCUUUUAUUGACAAUUACAUUAAGUUUAUGCAAAGAGUCAAUAUUUUCAGUGUUGACCCUUCUUUUUCAAGACCUCUGCAAUCCGCCCUGGCAUGCUGUCAAUUAACUUCUGGGCCACAUCCAUUCUGGCAUAAUCAAUGCUUGGAGUUUGUCAGAAUUUGUGGGUUUUUGUUUGUCCACCCGCCUCUUGAGGAUUGACCACAAAUUCUCAAUGGGAUUAAGGUCUGGGGAGUUUCCUGGCCAUGGAUCCAAAAUGUAGAUGUUUUGUUCCCCGAGCCACUUAGUUAUCACUUUUGCCUUAUGGCAAGGUGCUCCAUCAUGCUGGAAAAGGAACUGUUCUUGGAUGGUUGGGAGAAGUUGCUCUCGGAGGAUGUGUUGGUACCAUUCUUUAUUCAUGGCUGUGUUCUUAGGCAAAAUUGUGAGUGAGCCCACUCCCUUGGCUGAGAAGCAACCCCACACAUGAAUGGUCUCAGGAUGCUUUACUGUUGGCAUGACACGGGACUGAUGGUAGCGCUCACCUUGUCUUCUCCGGACAAGCUUUUUUCCUGGAUGCCCCAAACAAUCGGAAAGGGGAUUCAUCAGAGAAAAUGACUUUACCCCAGUCCUCAGCAGUCCAAUCCCUGUACCUUUUGCAGAAUAUCAGUCUGUCCUUGAUGUUUUUCCUGGAGAGAAGUGGCUUCCUCGCUGCCCUUCUUGACACCAGGCCAUCCUCCAAAAGUCUUCGCCUCACUGUGCGUGCAGAUGCACUCACACCUGCCUGCUGCCAUUCCUGAGCAAGCUCUGCACUGGUGGUGCCCCGAUCCCGCGGGCUGAAUCAACUUUAGGAGACGGUCCUGGCGCUUGCUGGACUUUCUUGGGCGCCCUGACGCCUUCUUCACAACAAUUGAACCUCUCUCCUUGAAGUUCUUGAUGAUCCGAUAAAUGGUUGAUUUAGGUGCAACCUUACUAGCAGCAAUAUCCUUGCCUGUGAAGCCUUUUUGUGCAAAGCAAUGAUGACGGCACGUGUUUCCUUGCAGGUAACCAUGGUUAACAGAGGAAGAACAAUGAUUUCAAGCACCACCCUCCUUUUUAAAGCUUCCAGUCUGUUAUUCUAACUCAAUCAGCAUGACAGAGUGAUCUCCAGCCUUGUCCUCGUCAACACUCUAACCUGUGUUAACGAGAGAAUCAAUGACAUGUCAGCUGGUCCUUUUGUGGCAGGGCUGAAAUGCAGUGGAAAUGUUUUUUUGGGAUUAAGUUCAUUUUCAUGGCAAAGAGGGACUUUGCAAUUAAUUGCAAUUCAUCUGAUCACUCUGGAGUAUAUGCAAAUUGCCAUCAUAAAAACAGACGCAGCAGACUUUGUGAAAAUUAAUAUUUGUGUCAUUCUCAACUUUUGACCACGACUGUACUCACGCCACCAUCCCUCCUACCUUCACCCAUCCUACUAUCCCUCUCUGCUCAUCACUUCUACUCUGAGCGGCCUAACAAAGUUCUUGCUGAUAAGUUUUUACUCAUGAAUGUCUGGUGGAGAAUAACUUUAACUCAGUGUGUGUGGUAACUGAUAAGGCAAGAUAUGAUGGUACGAUAUUUAUCUUCAAAGGGGAUUAUACUGUGUGCGUGUGCGUGUGCGUGUGCGUGUGCGUGUGCGUGUGCGUGUGCGUGUGUGUGUGUGUGUGUGUAGCGAUCCUGUCUGCUCUGAUGAACCUACAGGAGAAGAUCAGGAAGCUGGAGUUGGAGAGAGGCAGAACGGAGCAGAGUCUACACAGCCUGGAGAAAGAGACCUCACACGCACUGAGAGACACACACAAACACACUAACACACAGGAGAGAGAGACUAGCAACCAGUCAGAACCUAACCAAGGUGAGCGACGUGAUCAUUUCCAAAAAUAUAGAACUGUGUUUUGUUUGAGAGUAAACAGAUGCUCUUUUUGCCCCCUGUCUCUCUCUCUCUGUCUCACGCUCUCUGUCUGUCUCGCGCUCUCUCUCUGUCUCGCGCUCUCUCUGUCUCGCGCUCUCUCUCUGUCUCGCGCUCUCUCUCUGUCUCGCGCUCUCUCUCUGUCUCGCGCUCUCUCUCUGUCUCGCGCUCUCUCUCUGUCUCGCGCUCUCUCUCUGUCUCGCGCUCUCUCUCUGUCUCGCGCUCUCUCUCUGUCUCGCGCUCUCUCUCUGUCUCGCGCUCUCUCUCUGUCUCGCGCUCUCUCUCUGUCUCGCGCUCUCUCUCUGUCUCUGUCUCGCGCUCUCUCUCUGUCUCUGUCUCGCGCUCUCUGUCUCUGUCUCACGCUCUCUCUGUCUCUCUCUCUGUCUCCCCCUCGGUCCCCUCAGUGUUGGUGACUCAGCUGGCUGCGGCGGAGUCUCGCUGUAAGCUGUUGGACAGACAGCUGGAGUACAUGAGGAAGAUGGUCCGCAACGCAGAGGCCGACAGAACAACCCUGCUCAAACGUCAGGUUAGCAUACGCCUCAGCUAGCCUUACCUAGCAUUAUCUAUGCUAACCCAGGGAGACAGGCUAACGACAGGUAGUUAGCGUUGGUUAGCCGAGUUAAGAUCCCUAACUGUAUGUAUGAUGCUCCGGUAGCACUCAGUUACCAUAGUGACCCUUUCAGGUUUCCCUUGAGAUGACCAGGUCAGCUGCUCCCGCCCCUGACUCCGCCCACCAGGCCCAGUUAGAUAAGCUGGAUCUACUGGAGCAGGAAUACCAGAGACUGACCCGCACACAGAACCACGCAGAGGUACACACACAAACACAUUUUCCCCCCCGACUAGGAUUUGGUGGCUCUGACGUCUGUAUGUGUGUGUUUUUAGAGGAAGAUUCGUGAGUUGGAGCUGAAACUGCUGGAAGAAGAACACCAGAGGAAACUGGUCCAGGACCAGGCCAACCAGGUAGACACACACACACACUCACACUCUCUGGAGAUGUGUAUUGCAACUAUUUUGCACCCUGCUUUCUCACCUGUCCUCAGUUACAGACAGGUCUGGAGGCCAAUCGUAUCCUGAUCCAGUCUGUGUCGCCCUCGCCCCGCCUUCCCAAAGCCAGAAGUACAAUCAGAGAGAAGAAACAGGUCUCCAAGGUAGCAGCCUUCCCAUGAGCCUUUAGGUGCCGGUGUUUCUACUGGAGAUUAAUGACAUUCGAUGUGAUCCUCCUCACCCAAACACACACACACUAAACUAAUUGUUCAGGCCACAUAUCUGAUUGGCCAACGAGCCUUUGACCCAUACCAAUAUCUGAUCUGAAUGUGUGUGUGCUCUGCGGCAGGCCUCACACACGCAGCCGCACUACAGACUGAGCCUGGGAGACGUGCCAUUUGUAGCAGGGAAGGUAUGAACACACACACACAAUAUGCAGACACCCUCCUCAUCUCCCUCUCUCUGUCUCUCUCUAGUCUGUAGGGUGCAGUCACCCUCCUCAUCUCCCUCUCUCUGUCUCUCUCUAGUCUGUAGGGUGCAGUCACCCUCCUCAUCUCCCUCUCUCUGUCUCUCUCUAGUCUGUAGGGUGCAGUCACCCUCCUCAUCUCCCUCUCUCUGUCUCUCUCUAGUCUGUAGGGUGCAGUCACCCUCCUCAUCUCCCUCUCUCUGUCUCUCUCUAGUCUGUAGGGUGCAGUCACUCGGUCAUCUCCCUCUCUCUGUCUCUCUCUAGUCUGUAGGGUGCAGUCACUCGGUCAUCUCCCUCUCUCUGUCUCUCUCUAGUCUGUAGGGUGCAGUCACCCUCCUCAUCUCCCUCUCUCUGUCUCUCUCUAGUCUGUAGGGUGCAGUCACCCUCCUCAUCUCCCUCUCUCUGUCUCUCUCUAGUCUGUAGGGUGCAGUCACUCGGUCAUCUCCCUCUCUCUGUCUCUCUCUAGUCUGUAGGGUGCAGUCACUCGGUCAUCUCCCUCUCUCUGUCUCUCUCUAGUCUGUAGGGUGCAGUCACUCGGUCAGGGCCAACGUCCAGUCUGUUCUCUCCCUGCUGAAGCAGCAUCAGCCCCAGCUAUGUAACUCACGUGUCCUCUCUCACACCCCUCUGGCCCAGCCAGCCAAUGGCACCCACUCUGACAGUGUCUCCUCCUCUUCCUGUGGGGAGGAGCUAUCAGACCUCCUGCUGGCCCUGCAGGAUGAACUGGGACACAUGAGCCUGUGAGUGUGUCAGUCUGUUAGAGAGAGUCUGAGACUUUGUUUCAGCAUGAAUAGCUAUCUCAGUUGUGUAUGUAAAUGUGUGUGUGUGUGUGUUUCAGUGAGCAGCAGGAGCUGGUGCGGCAGGCUGAGGCGUGUGUGUGUGAGCGGGAGAGGAGGGGGGUGGAGAGAGAACAGGAGACUCUACUCAGGAGGAUGGAGAGAAAAGUAGAGCAGAUCAGCAAACUACGCAGACACCAAGCACAGGUACACACACACACACACACACACACACAUACACACACACACACAUACAGUUUGAUGACAAAGCACUAUUUAACUGGUUUUGCCUCCAACAUAUCCACAAACACACAAAUUUGACUAAGGAGUUUUUCACUGUUUCUCACUUUCUCUGUCUCUGUGUAGGUGAAGAGGUUUAUGAGGGAGGCUCGUGGUCAGAAGCAAGGUGGAGGAGGAGAGGUGAAGGUGACCACCACAGUGACCACACGCAGUCGCUCUGCCGGAGCGGUCAAAGUUCGACCGGGGGACCGCAGCAGGAAAAGUCUAACACUGCUCAGGGACAUGAGGUCCCUGCAGACCUCGCUACGCCCCGACCAACCACAAUGGAGCUACUGACCACAACAGGACCAACCACAAUGGAGCUACUAACCACAACAGGACCAACCACAAUGGAGCUACUGACCACAACAG